CUGUACCUACGCUUUUUUUGCCCCCUUUGUUACAUUUCUAGGGUUCCAUAAUAAAUAAAUUUUCUUUUAUUCUACAAAUUGUAACACUUGGUAGAAAUCUGAUAUAUCUAUAAAUUACAGUCUAUAUAUAUAGAUAUAUAAAUUUAUCAAACGUUAAUUCACUGCAUCAGGUUGGACGAUUUAGCAGGACCUGUUUGAUGAUUUGGUAUUGCACUUUAAUCUACAUUUCUUAUUCAGUAUGAACAAUUCUCGUGGUCAAGAUCAAGAAACACCUGUUGUUGCUGGCUUUGAAGUCCCUAAAUCACCCGAUGCAAGUUACAACAACAUCUAUGCUGCAAGUGAAGAUGAUGGCCGGGACCCACCUGUUGUUCCUCAACAUUUACAACACACUGUACUGAGCUACCCCAAUAAUGGUGUACCAGCCGCCCCAUUACCCGACCCACAACAUGUUGUCCUUAACCAUCUUUACAUUGAAAACCGAGAGGCUCCACGGUCAGUAGUAGCACUUGGGUUUUCUCAUCGUUUUCGGGCCAAAUACGUGAAUGUUGUACUCUAUAAACCGGUUCAAAGAAGGGGUAGCAGCAGCACUUGAUUAAUUUAUAUCUUUUUGUGUGAUUGGAUCCAGGACCAAAGUGGUUCGUUCAGGUGGUUUCAGUUUGUGUGGACUGGCAUUGUUAACUGAUGUUCAUAUUUUUUUUUUAAAGGUUCUACACAUUUAUGUUGACGAUUUGUACUUCUGUAAAUCGAAGGUUUCUUAAAUUUCAUGUUUCAAA